GGUCCCAAACUAGGCGACCCGCCGAGUGAUAAAAAUACAAGCGUGCUAGCGCGAGUUAACAGUACCGCGCAGUGUAGUAGAGCUGCCUUCACUAGCCACAAAUACGCCGUGUCGGUGCGAAGUCUAGACUUUUUAAUUCAGUCGCGCAGCAGAUUUAAUAAGCCAGAUUUUUUUUCCCCUCUUCAUUCGGAAGGACGGUGUAGCCAAGUUCUGUUGACGAAGUUAGAAGUUUAGUGUUACAGGAAAACAACAACUCAAGUCACGAUUCGAUUCAAUCAGGAGUGGUAAAAUCAAGGUGUUUGAUUCGUGUGGCCACUGUUAAAGCCCGCACGGAAGUAAACCAGGAAAACUAUCCGACAAGUGGGCUGUGUGGUCUAGCCUACAUACAGCGGAUGGACACAUUCUGGACCAUAGGUUCAGACCUCCAGGCGGGAUAAGCGUCACACGUCUGUGUUGCCGUCUGCACGAGCUAACUGAAAGCUGCUUAAUCGGGACUAAUCCGCAGAUUAGUCUCCUCUCCACCUGGAUUAUUUGGACUGCUUUAUUCAACACAUCUCGACCACAGUGUAAUGGCUGGCUCAAGUGUUGUGGUUCACGGCGCCAGGCAGCGACUCUGGCAUUACUUGAUCGUUGGAACUCUGCUGCUCCACCAGACCCAGGGCGACCAGAUUGGCCUGCCAGACUUCUCCAAGCUGAAGGUCCACUACCCGGGCUACGCCCACCACGGCGGCCGGUUCCACGACCACCAGCUGGUGCAGGCUAUCGGCUGUGACUCCAGCCUGCUCCUACACGACACCAGCGCCCUACGCCUGUCGGUGGCGCUCAACAAGAUCGGCGGGCCCCACUCCCUGGGCAAGGAGCUCAUUCGGCUGUCCAAGUACGGCCGGGACAGCGUCAGCGGCAGGAACAGCAUGCAGUACAUCUACCACCCCAUCGCUUACGGCCCCUACCUGGCUGACAAGUACGGCUACCCGACUGUCUCCAAGCUCCACGAGUCGGAUCCUCUCAGUACUAAGAAGAACUUUUGGGGCAAGCAGGGCAUACUGCGGGUCAUCACCUACACCAAGAAGCAGAACAUGCCCAAAGGACAUGUGGCACUUUGGGACUGUGACCACUUUCAUCAAGCCAGAGACUGGAUAGCCGGCCACAGCCUCAUCACAGUAGAGUUCUGGGAAUCUCCUGACUCAGACUGCAGCAACAUGCAACCUGCUGCCCCACCCCCAGCAGACUUCCCCAGACUAGAAGACAUCCUACCCCAGGUGCCGCGGGGCAAGAAGCUAAGGCACCAUCACUGGGAGAAGAAGUUUGUGAAAAAAUACUUCCAGCUUCACAAGCAGUUGAGCAUGCAGAGGUGAAAACCUUGUCAAUGUGUGCUGACUACAUCUACUAGUGCCAAAUCUUCAUGUCUGAACUGCUGGCUAGCACAGUGGGCUUCUGACUAGCACAGUGGGCUUCUGACUAGCACUGUGGGCUGGUGCCUAGCUCUGUAGGCUAGUCUGUUGAGUUUUGCUGCCUGACUUUCUCCAUAGUUCAAGACUUAUGUGAUUUAAUUUAUAUACACUAACAUGGAGCUAUCAGUGACUAUAAAGUAUUCAAGUUAGAUGGAGGUGGCACAAUGAAAUGGACACAGGUCAACCGACCAGCCAAGGGUGACUUGGGAAAGACAGAAUGUACAAAGGUAAAACCCCAAGUUUAGCCGUGUUGCCUAAAAAUGCCAAGUUCAGCCAGGUGUUGUGUGAGAAAUGCCAAGUUCAGCCAGUUGUUGUGUGAGAAAUGCCAAGUUCAGCCAGUUGUUGUGUGAGAAAUGCCAAGUUCAGCCAGGUGUUGCCUGAUAAUACCAAGAGAACUAAUGCAGCAUAAUAUUUGAACUUUUCCAACUUGAAUCAAAAUCCAUGUGUUUUUUAUGUACUUUACACUGCCAAAAACCAUCUGUUACCAUAUAUACUAAUAUGUAUAUGUAUGUAGGUUCAACUGUAAUAUAAAUAUAUCUAUGUUUAUGGAGGUAACUGUUAUUUAAACAUGUAUAUGUUUGUGGGAUGAAUGUUACUAAGUGUCGCAGACAUACGUGUAUGUGGUGUGAAUGUUUUGAAAAUGUGUAUGCAUGUGGGGACAACUGUUCUAUAAAUAUGUGUAAAUGUGGAUUUCUGUAAGAAGGUUUUCUUGUUGUACUCUGAUCAUGCAUUUAUUUAUUCUCAAUUUAACACAAUGAUGUCCUUAUAGAGCAACUGGAAGGCCUGAGAGCAAAACAUUGAGGGAAUAGUCAGCCUUUCACAUAGGAGCAUGUUAUGAAGUAUAUGUGAUGUAUGAUAUACGUAGUGUAUGGCAUACAUCAUAUAUGUUGGCGUAAGAUGUGUCUGAAGGUUUAAAGUUUAACAAAAAAUAAAUGCAGCAUUUAUGCUGAAGGAAGCUGUUCUCAAUGGUUUAUUUAAGCUGUUCUCAAUGGUUUAUUUAAGCUGUUCUCAAUGGUUUAUUUAAGCUGUUCUCAAUGGUUUAUUUAAACUGUUCUCAAUGGUUUAUUUAAACUGUUCUCAAUGGUUUAUUUAAGCUGUUCUCAAUGGAUUAUUUGAGCUGAAGGAAACUGUUCUCAAUGGUUUAUUUAAGCUGUUCUCAAUGGUUUAUUUAAGCUGUUCUCAAUGGUUUAUUUAAGCUGUUCUCAAUGGUUUAUUUAAGCUGUUCUCAAUGGUUUAUUUAAACUGUUCUCAAUGGUUUAUUUAAGCUGUUCUCAAUGGUUUAUUUAAGCUGUUCUCAAUGGUUUAUUUAAGCUGUUCUCAAUGGUUUAUUUAAGCUGUUCUCAAUGGAUUAUUUGAGCUGAAGGAAACUGUUCUCAAUGGUUUAUUUUAGCUGUUCUCAAUGGUUUAUUUAAGCUGUUCUCAAUGGUUUAUUUAAGCUGUUCUCAAUGGUUUAUUUAAGCUGUUCUCAAUGGUUUAUUUAAGCUGUUCUCAAUGGUUUAUUUAAACUGUUCUCAAUGGUUUAUUUAAGCUGUUCUCAAUGGUUUAUUUAAGCUGUUCUCAAUGGUUUAUUUAAGCUGUUCUCAAUGGUUUAUUUAAGCUGUUCUCAAUGGUUUAUUUAAGCUGUUCUCAAUGGUUUAUUUUAGCUGUUCUUAAUGGUUUAGUUAAGCUGAAGGAAACUGUUCUCAAUGAUUUAUUUAAGUAACUGUGCCAUGAUUGAUCAUUUACACUGUACAUUUUUUUAUCUCUUUUUUUCUUCUGUAAUUACUUAAGCUUUGGCAUUGAUUUAUAAAGUUAUUUGUAAAUAGUCCUAUCUGUUAAUAUACAUAGAUGCACCUGGUUGUACUAUUGUCCAGCCUGUCUGGCUCUUAGGUCAGUGCUCUGAGAAAUUUUGGCUCAGUGGAACAUUGGCUCAGAUAGAUUUGCCAGUAAGGGGAUCUGACAGUUAGAUUAGUGCUCAGAGUAAUGUUGGCUCAGAGUAAUGUUGGCUCAGAGUAAUGUUGGCUCAGUGGAACGUUGGCUCAGAUAGAUUUGCCAGUAAGGGGAUCUGACAGUUAGAUUAUUGCUCUGAGUAAUUUGAGUGCCAAGUAAACUAGACAGGACUCUUUCAACCACAACAUGCACACACCUUGUUAUUUUACACCAUGUUUCAUUUCUAACUUUAAAAAUGUAGGCCUAAAAUAGUCAUUGCCAGAUAUUUUAAACAUUUUUUAUUUAGCCAAACAAAAGAUAAUCACAACUAAAGUAUUUUUUUUAGUAAUGAAAGGCUUAGAUUGAAGAGAAAAAAAAUGUGUUGACCAAAGCAGUUCAUAAAGUUUUGAAAGUACUGCUAUUGGCUACAUGCUACCUCCUGGCUGUCACUACCUCCCAAAAAUCUACAUCAUUGUACAUUUUGUUUCAGUUGAUUAAUACUGGUCUAUUACAGCACUUGUCAAAGACAGCACAUCCACAAGAUGUAAAUUAGUUAGGUAGCUGUCUGACUAUAUAUGUCACUUACUGAUACUUUUUUUGUUGAUGCAACCAUUAUGUUUUACACUAUCUUGACUAGUUAUUUCAUGCUGAACAAAAAAGCUGAUGUUAAUGUUUUUAAACUGCGAUGACUAAUUGUUACUUGCUGAACUUGAGGAACCAGUUAUUAAUUUGCUAUGCUUGUUUUAAGUGCUACAUUCUGUGUUCAAAUAGAGGUACAGAUUGGGGAGGGGG